GAGGGGCUGGAGAGGGCUUCCGGCUCGUUAAGUGGCGCGGCUUCCGCACGUGUGUCGCUCCCCCGGAUUCCUGGGUUGUCCCUACCUCUGGUAAACUUUUCGGGCCUAAGGAUGAAGGCGAGAAGAAAUAAAAAACAGGUCCCAAGCUUUCGCAAGUUGCUAAAAACUAGUAAAGUCAAACUUGAAAACAAGCUAAAAAAUAAGCAAUUUAAACAACAAAGCACUAUCAAGAAGUACCGAAAAGAACAGAGGAAACUAAGGCAAGCUGUAAAAGAUGCUGUGUCUAAGAAACCCAUUCCGUUGGAGGACCCAAAGAAACAGCGACCAGGUAAAAGGAUUGAGAGGGAAAAUGAGGAAGAAGAGGAAGCCCUUCCUUUGGAUAUGAUGGAUGAAGAUGACUUACAGUUAAUGAAGGAUUUAGGACAGCGAGCAUCUUUUCUAACAAGAGAUCUUUCUUCUAGUGAGCCUGUUCACGCCAAGAAACGAAAGCAUGAACACAUCAUAGAUAAAUAUGAAAAAAUACCAAGAACUCUGCAGACUACUCCAGAGAAGGAACUGAUUCAUUUGCUUCCUAUCAAAGAUAAAAGUGGUAUAAUUCCACAGACCAGGGAGAAGCCAGUUAUUGACAGUAACAAAGAUGAUGAAGAUCAAGAAGAAGAGAUGGAACUUGAGGAAGAGAACACUCAAGAUCCCAUUCGAGAGCUGACCAUAGAAGAACAUUUGAUUGAGAGAAAGAGGAAACUACAGGAGAAGAAAAUGCAUAUUGCAGCUUUGGCGUCUGCCAUAUUAUCAGAUCCAGAAAGUAAUAUGAAAAAAUUGAAAGAAUUACGUUCCAUGUUGAUGGAACAGGAUCCUGAUGUGGCUGUUACUGUUCGAAAGCUGGUGAUUGUUUCUCUGAUGGAGUUAUUUAAAGACAUUACUCCUUCAUAUAAAAUCCGGCCCCUAACAGAAGCAGAAAAGUCUACCAAGAUUCGCAAAGAAACCCAAAAGUUAAGAGAAUUUGAAGAAGGCCUGGUUAGCCAAUAUAAAUUUUAUUUGGAAAAUCUGGAGCAAAUGGUCAAAGACUGGAAGCAAAGAAAGCUGAAGAAAAGUAAUGUAGUUUCCUUAAAGGCAUACAAAGGACUGGCAGAAGUGGCUGUGAAGAGCCUGUGUGAGCUGUUGGUGGCACUACCUCAUUUUAACUUCCACAACAACAUCAUUGUAUUGAUCGUCCCUCUCAUGAAUGACAUGUCAAAAUCGAUAUCUGAAAUGUGUUGUGAGGCAGUAAAGAAACUCUUUAAACAAGAUAAAUUAGGCCAAGCUUCUCUCGGUGUAAUAAAAGUGAUUUCUGGUUUUGUGAAGGGCAGAAAUUACGAAGUUACGCCAGAGAUGUUAAAAACAUUUUUGUGCCUAAGAAUCAAGGAAGUAGAAGUAAAAAAAGAUACAGAGGAUAUUAAUAAACCAAAAAAGUUUAUGACUUUCAAAGAAAAGAGGAAAACUCUAUCAAGAAUGCAGAGAAAGUGGAAGAAAGCAGAAGAGAAACUAGAACGAGAGCUUCGGGAGGCAGAAGCUUCAGAGAGUACUGAGAAAAAACUUAAACUGCACACAGAGACUCUGAAUAUUGUGUUUGUAACCUACUUCCGAAUAUUGAAGAAGGCUCAGAGGUCACCUCUCCUGCCAGCAGUUCUAGAAGGUCUUGCCAAGUUUGCUCACCUUAUAAAUGUGGAAUUUUUUGAUGAUUUAUUAGUAGUCCUUCAUACUCUCAUUGAAUCUGGUGACCUAAGAUAUCAAGAAAGUCUUCACUGUGUCCAGACUGCUUUUCAUAUUCUUUCCGGUCAAGGUGAUGUUCUGAAUAUUGAUCCAAUGAAAUUCUAUACACAUCUCUACAAAACACUGUUGAAGUUACAUGCAGGUGCUACCAAUGAAGGUGUUGAGAUUGCACUCCGGUGCCUUGAUGUCAUGCUCACUAAGCGCAGAAAGCAGGUUUCUCAGCAGCGAGCCCUUGCCUUUGUCAAGCGCCUUUGUACCCUUGCUCUUCAUGUUCUUCCAAAUUCAAGCAUUGGCAUUUUAGCAACUACCAGAAUAUUAAUGCAUACUUUCCCCAAAACAGAUCUACUGCUUGAUAAUGAAUCUCAGGGAAGUGGGAUUUUCCUUCCUGAACUGGAUGAACCUGAGUACUGUAAUGCACAGAACACUGCUCUAUGGGAAUUGCAUGCACUGAGGAGACAUUACCACCCCGUAGUGCAGAGAUUUGCAGCUCACCUGAUUGCUGGAGCACCUUCUGAAGGCUCUGAAGCACUCAAGCCAGAACUGAGCCGCAGAUCUGCUGCUGAACUUUUUGAGGCUUACAGCAUGGCAGCAAUGACAUUCAAUCCCCCUGUUGAAACAUCAAACUUCAAAAAGAAGGAUAAAGUUUUACAAGGGGAUUCAUUUUUGAAUGAAGAUUUAAAUCAACUAAUCAAAAAACAUUGCAAUGAAGUUGCUACUCAGUCACCCCUGGAUUUCACCAAAUAUUUGGAAACGUCUCCACGGUAGUAGAAGAAUAAAAAGUCAGUGGACUUUCUUGUAUAUUUGUGGGUGUGCAGAUACCCAUAAAGAUGAGUUAACUUAGGACCUUUUCUUUUUAUAUAAGGAAAACUUCAUAAGAACGAUUUGUAAGAGGAGGAAGUUAUUACCCUUUGCAUGGCACAGGGUUCUGCCCCAAUUCUGAAAAUGUAAUUUCAUUAAGAAAGAAUUGCAAGCCUUCCCCCUCCCCCCUCCCCCCAAUAUUUGGAAAUUUCUUUCUUGAUGCUGCCUUUUUAAAACUUAAUGUACAUAUCGUUUUUUUAAAAAAGUCUGUGGACUGGAUCUUACUGAAAUGCAGUUGCUAUAUUAAAAGUACAGCAUAGACCACAGAAAAAUCAAGACUGUGAGAAUGUUUUUUACCAUUUAGCUACUCUUCUUAACUAAAUACUCUUUAAAUAUUAUUUUUAUUGUAAUACCAUAAGUGGAAAUGAGAAACAUUCUAAAUUCGAGUGAAUAUAUUUUUACAAAGAUUUUUGAGAAAAUUAAAAGUGGUUUGAAACUGGACCCAGGUUCAUUGGUUCUUGCUGAAUGAUUAACCUCAGAAAUAACCUAAUUUGACUCUUUUUAAAAAAGAAUGAGUGUUAUGAUUACUUUCAAACAAAGUUUGAAUGGGUUUUUGCUUCUUUGAAAUCUUUGCAUUUUCUGACAUGUCCUGAAGGGUGAUGGUGGAAGAAUUACUCCAGGGUGGAAAAGCCAAGUACUAGACUUUACCAUUAUGUUUUAGGGACAGAGGUAUGUAGAAAGGGGCUUUUUUCCUUUUUGCUGGUAAAAUGCCUGUUUUGAAUAUAAUUAUAAAGCAAUAUUUUAAUGUAACAGAUAUUCCCAUAUUCUUGGAAUGGCCUAUGAAAUGCAUGUUUCAGUGGCCAGAUUAUAAAUAAAGUGUUUCUGAGGUCAAA